CUUGUCCAAGAUCAAACAGCGGGGAAGUGGUGGAGCCAGGAAUAGAACACGAGUCACCUGAUUCCCAGCCCUGUGCUUUCUCCACUAAGCCAUCCUGCCUCUCUGCGGGAGAUUUCUGAGUCCGCAUCUCCAGCUCUGACCUGGUCUUUUCUUAUGCCGUCGAGUCGUUUACGACCCAUAGCGACUCCAUGAACACAGUUCUCCCAGAAUGCCCCACCUCCGUCUGCCAUCGUUCCAGUAGCUUAUCCGUAGUUUUCUCGAUAAAAAUCCGGAAGCGAUUAACCAUUGCCCGCGUCCAUGAGGUCAACUUGAGUGUCUGCCGUUGGCUCUCUCCCAUGCCGCUGCUGCCCAGCACAGCCUCCGCACGCCUACCGGGCUGAGGGUGCCCACCCUGGAACAAUGCCACUGGUCAAGAGGAACAUUGAACCCCGGCAUCUGUGCCGGGGGGCACUGCCCAAUGGAGUAACCAGCGAGCUGGAAUGUGUCACCAACAGCACGCUGGCUGCCAUUAUCAAGCAGCUGGGAAGUCUCAGCCGACACGCGGAGGACAUCUUCGGGGAGCUCUUCAACGAGGCCAACAGCUUCUACCUGCGGAUGAGCUCCCUGCAAGAGCGGGUGGAUCUUCUGGUGUUCAAGGUCACGCAGCUGGACUCCACCGUGGAGGAAGUGUCUCUGCAGGACAUCAACAUGAGGAAGGCCUUCCGAAGCGCCACGAUACAGAACCAACAGGUGGUAUCCCGCGGCUCCAUCCCCAACCCGGUGAUGGAGAUGUACCAGCGCUGCGACAAGCCCCCGCCGCUCAACAUCCUCACUGCCUACAGAGAUGACAAGAAAGAUGGCCUCAAAUUCUACACUGACCCUUCUUACUUCUUCAACCUGUGGAAGGAGAAGAUGCUUCAGGCCACCGAGGACAAGAGGAAGGAGAAACGGAGGCAGAAGGAGCAGCGGCUGGUGGAGGACACGACGCGGGAAGUCAAGAAGGUGCGGAAGGCUCGGAACCGGCGCCUGGAGUGGAACAUGAUGGCCUACGACAAAGAGUUCCGGCCGGAGAGCAGGUUCUCACCAUCGCCGUAUCACAUGGCCUCGUCCGAGGGGUCUCUGUCCCCCGACAACAGGUCCUACGCGUCCGACGUCGGCGACCGCUCCUAUCCGGCCAGCCCCAACCACCCCACCCAGCAGACGCCGGGGCCCACCCCCAGCCUGCCCCCGGACAGCAAGGAGAUCUCCCCAGCCCCCCAUCCACCCCCAGAGCUGGCGUUCCGGGCCCCGGGCAGCCGGCAGAACAGCCUGAGCAGAGUCCAGCAGCCCCCAGAGGCCAUCCUCAACGGACCCCGGCCGCAGCUGGUCAAGGAAUAUGGACCCCAGCCAGUGCCCAUGGUGGAGUUUGCCGUCCCCCCAGCCCCUCCGCCCCCACCUCCGGUCAUCCCUUCUGCCCAGACAGCCUUCGACAGCCACAUAGCAGCCCAGCCCACCCUGGCCCCUGGCCCCCAAGCCAUCCUGGCCCAUCCAGCCUAUGCCCCCUCCCCACCACCUGCUCCGCCCUGCCCGUACUCCACCUCUCCCCCCCAGACUGGUCCCAUCGGCCCCCCCGCCGCCCCACCACCACCGCCUCCCGGGCCCCCAGCGGUCCCCGGCCCCACCCCCGCCGCCCUGCCGGCUGACCUGCGGAAACCUCCGAUCCCGUUGAUCCCAAUGAGCGAUGCCCGGAGCGACCUCCUUGCUGCCAUUCGGAGGGGCAUUCAGCUGCGGAAGGUGCAGGAGCAGUGGGAACAGGAGGCCAAGAAGGAGCCCGUGGGGAAUGAUGUGGCCACCAUCCUGUCCCGCCGCAUCGCCGUGGAGUACAGCGAGUCCGACGACGACUCCGAGCUGGACGAGAACGAGUGGUCGGACUAAGGACGCCCAGGGCCGGUGCCAAGGGUUUGAGCGUGUCCUCCCUGCCCCUGUCCGUCCCUGCCCCACCUCUCCCACCUCCCUCCUGCACGCUCCCUGUCCCCUCCUGCCCUACCCCGGGAAUCCAUGCCACCUCCCAGAUGUAGGAGCCGGAAGCCAGGAGUGUGGUCAUCCCACUGGAUCCAGCUGGUAUAAUCCAGGAAAUUCACUGUUGGGAGGCGGGAAGUGGGUCCCUCGGUAUCUCCCCCCUCCCAACCCUCCUCCUCCCUCUCUCUCUCAAGUUGCCACGGUCUUCUCUUUCCAUUAGCCAUGGCCACUCUUCUCCAUCUGCUGGAGAACGGGAGGACGUGGCUACAGUGAGAGAUUUAGGGAAGGCUCGGGGCCCGGGAGAGAUAGAGGCUCAAUUCGGGGAAGGAAGGGGAAAUCGAGGAAUCUCUCCUGCUUUGGAGGUUUGGAAAUCUGUAUCUCAUCAGGUUGGGCCAGGGAAAGGCGUGGUCCUCUCCAGAGGCAGAGGGAUGGACUGGAUGAUGACCUUGACAGGUCUUUUGGACUAGGAGGGUCUAGGAUUCUACGGCCAGAGGUUCCGAGGAGCGGCACUGAGGCCUGCUGAGG